GACGCUAGUGAGGGAUCAUAACUGCGUCGUCUUAGCAGACAGGUCUUAAGAAACUCUGCAGCUGUCAUCAUGUCCAGGAAUAAAACCACGGAGACCUCCAAUGAAAACAGACCACCUGUCACUUAUUUAGUGGCCUUGAAUGACAAGUUGCAGAUGAAUGCAGACAAAGUGGAGAAAAACAUCAUUGACGCACAACAUAAUCUCAACAAGGAUAUCAAGAGGAUUAAUGAGGAGAAGCAGCCCCUGUACCGAGAUUACAUCAACAAGACAAUCCUGAACUCGUUAGAUCUGCUGAAUUCUCUGAAUAGAGAUGCUGCUGAAGCCUCUCGGUUGAAGCACCCUCAUUCUGAGAUGAUUGAGAUGGAUGUGAAACAGCUGCGAGAGCGUGUGAUGAAGCUCCGCGAGGAAUAUGAUCGCAUUUACAAAGCCUCCCCCACCGGCAAGAUUCAUAUGAAACUGGAUGAAUCUGAAUGGGAACUUCAACGACCUUCUGAGGUCGCAACAGAUGCAGAUAUCAAGUACAGUGUCAGCUCCUCUGAAGGACAGCAUGAAUGUUCAGAGACUGGCCUCCGCUGGAGCUCUGAGAGCGAUGUGACUUUGGAGUAUCGCUUUGUUGACUGGAAAUCACUAAGUAAAUCUAUUUUAAAGAAAUACAAGCCAUGUGGACCUUUGAUGGACAUCACUGUAACCUCUGGCAGACUGGAGGAAGUUCAGCUACCUCACUGCGUCUGUGUAGAUUCUUCCUCGAAUGAUGUAGUGAAAGCUCUUCAUGUGAAGGACGGUAACGUUUCAUUGGAAACGUGUGAACUGAGCGGAUUCCAUGCCAAGCUUGUCAAUCCCACCUUCUCGUUUUUGGCCAUUGUUGUAGAGGUGCAGCAGUACCUCAAAAUGAAAUUUCACUGUGAGACUUUGGUUUAUCGCAACACAACAUCUCCCCUCAACUUUCAUGUGUACCUGAUUUUAAAGGAUAAAAAACUGAAGAAGGAAGUGGAGGAGAAGGAGCAAAACAACAUGGAGAUUUUAAAACCGACUCCAGAUGAAGCCCUUACACUAAAUGACAAAUACACUCUGGAGACGUCUUGUGUCUCCAAAAUCAAACCAGAGAGUUUAAAAUUGACACCCGGCAAGAGCAACUUCUUUGAUUUGCACCUUAAAGAUGAAAAAAAAUCCUUUGAACUCAGUAUAAAGACAAAAGAUGGCCUGAAAGUAUGGGACGUCAAUAUAGAACCAGGGGAAUUUGACAAAAAUUCAGUGUCUGAAUGGAGGCAGAAAAAAAGGAAUAGAUCAGAGCUGAUUUGGCAGUGGUGGCGGCGCUUGCUAGAGACGGCUCGCAGUCCAUUUGAAACGUCUCUUCGGUCUCCCAGCAAUGAGCUGAUGCGACUUCGGCUUGAUCAGGCUUUUCAGAGCAGCUUUUCUGCUCUGACAGCUCACCAGUCUGCAGACACCGACACAGCACAGACACAAAAAAGAUGCAAACGUGGCGAAGGAGCUGAGUUUGUGGAGAAGCACAGGACAGAGUUGAUCAGAAAGGUCUCGCUGGUGGAGCCAAUAGCAGAUGACAUGAAACCUGUGAUCGGAGACGAAAAAUACCAAAUCGUCAUAACAUCAGGAACAAAACAAGACAAAAUGAGAAAACUUCUGGAAUUUCUGACAACACCUAAAAUGAAAGAUAAACUUUACCAAAGUCUUGUUAAACAUGAACAAUACGUUGUUGAUUUUUUGGAGAAUUUUGGGGAGACGGUCUUGAAUCCGAAUGAAUCUUGAAAUGAAUUAAUUCGUUAUGGUUUAUUUUACAGCAGACAGGUUGUUAGUGAUUUAAUUUGGCCGGGAGUAUAAUGAGGUGUGGAAUUAAAAGUUUAAGUCACCGUCAUUUAUAUAGCACUUUUAACAAUACAGAUUACUUAAAUCACUCAAAUGGUAUCAAAUAGGAGAAGAGUGUCAGUGAUAUCAAUAAUGACAAGAUUAAAUGCUCAAUUUUCAGAUA